AUGCAAACCUCUUUAUUCGCCUCUAUUGCUAGAACUGCUAUUCGUCAAGCCGCCGUUCCUUUCCGUGCCUUCGGCUCUGCCCGUUUCUACUCUGAAAAGGCCGCCGAAGAAGUUAAACCAGAAGAAACCUUGUCUGAAGCCGAGAUCCAGUUCAAUGCGUUGCAAGAAAAGUACGCUGCCAAGGACAAGGAAGCCGCCGAGAUGAAGAAUAACUACAUCAGAGCCAUUGCUGAUUUCAGAAACUUGCAGGAAACCACCAAGAGAGAAAUCCAAAAGGCCAAGGACUUUGCCUUGCAGAAGUUUGCCAAAGAGUUGAUCGAGACCAUCGACAACUUCGGCCACGCCUUGAACGCCGUCAAGCCAGAAAUUUUGGAGGCCAACAAGGAAGUUAAGGACUUGUACGACGGUGUCAAGAUGACCAGGGACAUUUUUGUCAAGACCAUGAGCAAACACGGUAUCGAGGAGAUCAAUCCAAUCGGCGAACCAUUCGACCCAAACAUGCACGAAGCCACCUUCGAGAUCCCACAGCCAGACAAGGAGCCAGGUACCGUCUUCCACGUGCAGCAGUCAGGUUACGUCUUGAACUCCAGAGUCUUGAGAGCUGCCAAGGUGGGUAUUGUCAAGGACGCAUAA